AAAGGAUUGUCCAUACUUCCUUGUCUUAUGUGGGCGCAGUGCAGCAGCCCCAGUGACAGCAGCACCGUCCCAGCCCCACACAUCCCGGACACAGCUGGAUUUUGCCUGGAAAGCAUCACCACCCCAGUGAUGGUGCCGGUCUGAGGACACCGCUUCUCCUUGGAGCUUUUCCUGCAUGCUGCUGGAGGGAGGCAGGAGACAUUUCUGUGCUCAGCAAUGCAGCUGCAAGGCGAGCAAUGAGCUCCCCCCGGACCUGGCACAUCUCAGGGGGCUCUUUGACAGCAGUCUCACAGAAAGCUUUGCCACUGCUGCUCGCUCCUGGUCUGACUGCUGCGUGCUGCUCAGAACCCUUCUGCUUCCACGCGGCAGAAAGCGGCUCCGUAGUUAAUUAUUUACUGUACCUCUAAGCAAGCCAAGAAACGUGCAUUAUUUACGGCACUCGCGCAGCAGAACGAGGUGAGGGCUCCUUCCCAAAGGCACCAGCAGGAGCAGCACGGCCGUGGCCAUGCCGAGCCGGGGGCAGCGCGGGGCCCGGGCCGCAUCAGGGCUCUGCCUGUCCCCAAACCUGCUGCCAACUGCGGCGUUCUUGACCAGCCGCCCGGCUCUGCUCAGACCGCUUCGGAUCCGAAACCGGAUCGGCUGCACAAACGCACGGACGUCGUGCGGCACAGCCACGAGCCCGACAGACCCGCGGCCGAACGACGCUCCAACAGCAGCGGGGGCAGCUGGCCAAGCUCUGCGCUCGCUCCUUUACCCGCAGCAGCCACGCACAAAGCCCGCAUCGGGCGCGGCUCCCUCGGGCCCAUAUCCACUAGUGGGAAGCUCUGAAAGCCCCGAUCUGCUUUGGUUUCCUUGGCCACGGGAGGCUGGCAGCAAGCAACAGCCUCUGGCUCGGGGCCGCCUGCCCGCUGGGUGCCCCCCGUGUGCCCGCUGGGUGCUCGCUCACUGCCCGCUCGGUGCCCCCCUGUGCCCGCCGGGCUCAGCCCCGGGGCGGGGCAGCGGUAGCAGCGGUAGCAGCGGUGCCCGCUGAGCCCGACACGGCCGUGCGGGCCGCCCGUCCCCUCCCACCGCAGCUCCUCGCCAAUAGGCUUGGCCGAUUUUUUUUUUUUUCUGUUUUUUUCUUCCCCCCCUCCCGUCCCCCUCUAUUUUUUUUCCCUGUCUCCCCUUCGCUCUGACACCAGCUAAAGGCUCAGCCCGGCGGCGGCAGCUCCUCCGCGGGACCGUGCGGGCGCAGCCUGAACCAUGGCCGAGGGGGAGAUAACCACCUUCACUGCUCUGACCGAGCGCUUCGGCCUGCCGCUGGGCAACUACAAGAAGCCCAAACUCCUGUACUGCAGCAACGGGGGCCACUUCCUACGGAUCCUGCCGGACGGCAAGGUGGACGGGACACGGGACCGGAGUGACCAGCACAUUCAGCUCCAGCUCAGUGCGGAAGACGUGGGCGAGGUCUAUAUAAAGAGCACAGCGUCGGGGCAGUACCUGGCAAUGGACACCAACGGGCUCCUCUAUGGCUCGCAGCUACCAGGCGAGGAGUGCCUGUUCCUUGAGAGGCUGGAGGAGAACCAUUACAACACAUACAUCUCCAAAAAGCACGCAGACAAGAACUGGUUCGUCGGGCUGAAGAAAAAUGGGAACAGCAAGCUGGGGCCGCGGACUCACUAUGGGCAGAAGGCGAUCCUCUUCCUCCCACUGCCAGUGUCAGCAGACUGAUUCCCAUCCCACAGCUCACAGACACCCCGCCCCGGCGCCGGCCGCCCACCCCUGCUGCCCCUUCCUGGUGUUCCAAUGAAGAGCCAAGCGUUAGAGCCCCGAGCUGUAGGUAAAGGCUUGAACCAAACCAGACCCGAGCCGCUCAGCCCUGCAUGACCCUUCGCAGUGAUGACAAGGAGCCUCAAGCACAGCCAUGCACCAGGGAUGUGUGGCUUCCAGCCCAGCUGCUGCUGGAACCCAGCACCCCUGGUGCUCUGUGUUACCCCAUUUAUCCAUCCAAGUACGUCGCUGCCAAAAUGCCUUCGAGCAACUUCAAACUGCACCGUUGUUCGUGUUACUGAGCAAAAAGCUUGCAGAUAACUUCACCAUACUAAGCCAAGCUAAUGCCAGCCAGAAGCUCCAAGUCCUCAGCAUCUUAACCUUCCUUAGAAUAUUGCUGUACCUCAUGCCAUGUUAUUUGUAUUUAUUUAUUAAGUCUCUUCCACAAUCCCUUUGUAAGUGCACGUGGGCACCAAAUGCCCUCACCCUGUCCUGGAGAUGCUGGAGCAGAACAGGAGCAGCAGGAGUGCUGCAGUUCAUGUGGCUGAGGGACGCAGUGAGAUUCCUCCUGGGUGACAGCUAGGCUGGGGACACAAAGCCGGAGCUGCAUGGCUCCUGAAUGCUCUUUUCAGUGCUUCCUUCCCUACAGCCCCUCCUGCUAGGCCUGGCUUCCCGUAUUGGACAGCAAAGGGAAAAAGGCAGUUUGGUCCAUAGAGUAACAUAACAGUGUUAAACAUUCCAUUGUUCAAACAACAAUUCUAGGUCAGUGGUGAAAAGUGCCCCUCUUCUGAUUAGAAAAGAUGGAUAAUCGCAUUCAUUUUAUUUUUGUAUAAUAAAUCCUUGGAAACUGCA